AUGGGCAAGAAAAAAAAUAAAAAUAAAGUAAGCGGUGCUGUAAAAACUGCUGCGAAAACGGAGAAGAAGUUGGCCAAUAAAUUAAAAAAAGAACUUGCUAAUUUAGGAGAGGAGGAUAUAGCUAAAGUAAUAGCUGAAAUAGAACGUGAAGAUGCUAAGCGUGCUCAAGCUAGUGAGAAGCUCCUCCCUGGUCCACCAUCGGCGAGAGCGUACGCCUCUCUCACACCACACCCCACUAACAAUGAACUAAUAAUAUUUGGUGGAGAGUAUCACGAUGGACAAAAAACAGAAGUAUACAAUGAAUUGUUGUUCUACAAUCCUGCCAACAACCAGUGGAAGCUAUUAAAGGCACCUGGAGCUCCUCCCCCGCGCAGUGCACACCAAGCUGUUGCUACUCCUGCUAACAAGGGCGAGCUGUGGGUGUUUGGUGGAGAGUUCACAAGUCCAAAGGAAACUCAAUUUCACCAUUAUAAGGACUUGUGGUGUUUCUCACUAGCCGAAAAGAAAUGGGAAAAGGUUGUAGCUCCAAAUGGUCCUUCUUCCCGCUCCGGUCACCGCAUGGUGCUGCUCGGUCGAAAUAUUGUUGUAUUCGGUGGCUACUCAGAUGACGGCCGGGAGUGCCGGUAUUUCGACGAUAUUCACGCCUUCUGCUUAGAUAAUAGGCAGUGGACAAAGUUGACACCAAGUGGUAGGGCACCUAGUGCCCGGUCUGCCUGUAUCAUGCUACCGUUUGGAUCUGACUCGCUGGUCGUGUACGGCGGAUUCUCGCGCGUGCGUGAAGGUCGUACAGAGCGCACGCACACCCACACGGACUUGUUCCGCCUCACGCAGAAAGGCAGCAGCCUCACGUGGCGCUCGCUGGCGGGGGGCCCCCUGGCGCCGCCCGCGCGCGCCGGCCUGGCCGCGGCGCUCAACCCACACAACAGCAGGGCCUACGUCUUCGGUGGUGUCAGUGAUGUCGAAGAAACAGAAGAAGAUCUUCAUGGCGAGAUGAGCGAUGACCUACAGAUGCUGGAUUUGGAGUCCGGCAAGUGGCACAAUGUCACGUUACGAUCAGAACAGCAGACAACGCCACAAAGUACGGAACAAAAGACCGAAGUUCCAGACGCUGCAAAAGAAAUUGUUACAGUAGUGACCGAUGAAGUGUUCACUAUGAAGCUCGGGGGGGAUCCCGUGCCGAGCGUGCCCGGCGCGGUGCUGAGCGCUCGUGCGGCGGCUCGGAGCGGGCCGAGCGCGCGCAUGUCCGCCAUGAUGGCUGUGCAACGAUCUACGCUCUACGUGUACGGCGGAGUGUUGGAAAAGGACGAGAAACAGUUCUAUCUCAGCGAUAUGUAUAGUUUAGAUCUGCACAAAUUAAAUGAAUGGAAGACUAUUAUUGAACAGCCGCCGCUCCCUGACUGGCUCGGCUCAGACUCGGAACAUGAAGAGUUGGAAUCUGAUAGCGGGUCUGAUGACAGUGAGGAAUCAGAUGAAGAGUAA